UAUACGCUUUUACUUCAAGAAACUUUACUCUAACCAUGGAUCAAGAUACUCCUCGGCAAACUGGACACGCGGCUAAUCGUGGUAGAACAUCUUCGUUCAGUAGUCGGUCCGAUGAAAGUGUCAAGAAAGUCAGCAUCGGGGGAGCUACCUCGCUCGCCGCUACUCGCCGUAUCUCAAUUGCUUCACAUCACAGCUCACACAUGCAAACGUCUCUCAAGAAAAUCCGAAUGAACGAGGAAGCAGCUUCUUCUGAUGCUCGUAGAAGAAACGUCAAGUACGAGAAUACCUAUCGUCUCGAACCGAAGGUGAAGUUCCCCGUUAUAAAAGUCCGUAAGAUUAUCAAGGAUGUUUUGUCCACGCUCAACGGCCAUACCUACGACCCUAAGGAAUCCAGCUUUGUCUCCAAGUUACUGAGUAAAAGAAUCCUUGAUGAAGUUCGACUGCUGAAUAUUGAGCGAUAUAAGCUUGUGUGUCUGAUGUCGAUUGGUUCCAAGUCUAGGCAAGGGUUAAGGAUUGCAAGUCGAUGUUUGUGGAAUACUGAAAACGAUACGUUUGUGUCAGAAACUUUGGAUACACAGUCGUUCUACGCUAUUGCUACAGUCUAUGCUACGUAUUAUGAGUAAGAUUGUACUUAAACGACCAAAAUACUGCUUAAUUAAAACCUAAAGAAUUGCCGGUCUAAAAUAAUGAAGAAGAGAACGAAAGAGAAAGAGUUUUUUUUCAGAAAAAGGUGAAAAUCUUUUCAGCUUUACUAUGUUUUCUAUUAUUUUUAUUGUUAUUUAAGUAAAACUUUUGUUAUUAGUUUAAGGCUAAUUUGAUAGCUUUGGGUAAAUAAAACAUUGUAUAGUCAAA